GUCAAUUGACAUAUACCAUUUUCGUUUUAAAAAAAAAUAAAAAUACAUGAUUCAUCUUUGAAAUUGCUUUUAGUUCUUUAGAAGUUAUGUUAAAAUUCUUGAAGAAAAAAAACAAUUUCAACCAAACAAAAAUUAAAUACAACACAUACAAACAUAACAACUACCCGUAAAAUAAUAGAAUACACUAAUGACAAAGGACAUUCUAAGUUAUUUAAAAUAGAUAUUUUACAUUUAUCGCACAAUUUAUACAAAUGUCGCUGACAUUGAAUAAAGUUAUCAGGUGUUGGUGAUGAUGAUGGAUGAACAUAAGAAUAACAUAAUGAAUCCAAGUCUUGAUAAACAUAAAUGUUAGUUUGGCAUUGGCAUUGGCGAGGCAAAUGAAAUACUCAAACCUUUGUUCAUUGGUAGAGAGAGAGUCAUCCCCACUACCCUACCUUGUCACCAAAUGCAUUGCUCUAUUGCAAUCUUGUGGCUCUUCCCAAUACAAACUAAGGCAAAUCCAUGCAUUUUCCCUAAGGCACGGUGUCCCACUCAACAACCCUGACAUGGGUAAAUACCUCAUCUUCACAGUUGUAUCCCUCUCUGCACCCAUGUCCUAUGCUUACAACGUCUUCACCGCGUUGCACAACCCCAACAUCUUCACGUGGAACACCAUCAUCAGAGGCUACGCUCAAAGCCAAAGCCCCAACCUUGCAAUUCAUUUCUAUCGCCAAAUGAUACUCUCUCGUGUUCAACCCGACACUCACACCUACCCUUUUCUUUUAAAGGCUGUUUCCAAGUCCCUGAACGUUAGAGAGGGGGAGGCAAUACAUUCCGUUACCAUCAGAAACGGGUUUCACUCGUUGCUUUUUGUUCAGAACAGCUUGCUUCAUGUAUAUGCUGCUUGUGGCGACACGGAGAGCGCAUACAAGGUGUUUGAGUUAAUGGAGGACAGAGAUCUCGUGGCUUGGAACACUCUGAUUAAUGGGUUUGCUCUUAAUGGAAGGCCCAAUGAAGCUUUGACUCUCUUUAGAGAGAUGGGUGUGGAGCCUGAUGGGUUCACCGUGGUUAGCUUGUUGUCUGCUUGUGCUGAGCUUGGUGCUCUAGAGUUAGGACGGAGGGUGCAUGUGUACUUGUUGAAGCUUGGGUUGAGAGAGAAUUCUCAUGUUACUAAUUCAUUGUUAGAUCUUUAUGCAAAGUGUGGAGCCAUCAGGGAGGCUCAGCAGGUGUUCGGUGAGAUGAGUGAAAGGAACGCGGUUUCUUGGACGUCGUUGAUCGUUGGUUUGGCUGUUAAUGGGUUUGGAGAGGAAGCGCUUGAGCUUUUCAAGGAGAUGGAGGGACAAGGACUGGUGCCCAGUGAGAUCACUUUUGUUGGGGUUUUGUAUGCUUGUAGCCACUGUGGGAUGUUGGAUGAAGGGUUUGGUUACUUUAGAAGAAUGAAAGAGGAAUAUGGUAUCAUGCCUAGGAUAGAACACUAUGGUUGCAUGGUGGAUCUAUUGAGUAGGGCUGGUUUAGUGAAACAAGCGUAUGAGUAUAUUCAGAAUAUGCCAGUGCAGCCAAAUGCUGUUAUUUGGAGGACCUUGUUAGGGGCAUGUACAAUACAUGGACAUUUGGGUUUGGGAGAGAUAGCAAGAUCCCACCUAUUGAAGUUAGAGCCUAAACAUAGUGGGGAUUAUGUGCUUCUUUCAAAUCUUUAUGCCUCUGAACGUCGUUGGUCAGAUGUACAAGUAGUAAGGAGGUCAAUGCUGAAGGAUGGUGUUAAGAAAACCCCUGGCUAUAGUCUAGUUGAGUUGGGCAACCGUGUUUAUGAAUUUACUAUGGGCGAUAGGUCUCAUCCGCAAAGUCAGGAUGUGUAUGCACUACUGGAGAAGAUCUCAGAAUUGUUGAAGCUAGAAGGUUAUGUGCCUCAUACUGCAAAUGUGCUUGCAGACAUAGAGGAAGAGGAGAAGGAACAAGCUUUGUCUUAUCAUAGUGAGAAAGUUGCAGUUGCUUUUAUGCUUUUAAAUACAGCACCAGGGACCCCAAUCAGGGUUAUGAAGAAUUUAAGAGUUUGUGCAGACUGUCAUAUGGCCAUCAAACUCAUAUCAAAGAUUUAUGAUAGAGAGAUUGUUAUCCGGGACCGUAGUCGGUUUCACCAUUUUAGAGGUGGUUCAUGUUCCUGUAAAGAUUACUGGUAACAUGGCAAUCAUCAGGAUUUGAUAAUGGCAUCUGGAUAGUAAAGUUCUGCAUUGAUUUUGAAUUACAAUGUGGUUCUUUGAAAUAGAGGCCGUGAGACAUAACUAUAUAUGUUGCAAUCAUUCUCAAUAAUGCUUUCUGCUGCAAGUGUCAACCAAUUCAAGCAUCUGACACAUGGAUAAGUUAGUGAACAUGCCUAAGAUUAUGGAAGUUUGUUUCAAAUUCCAUAUAGAAUGUCCCGUUUUGACCAAAUACCCUGACAUUUGUGCCAAAGUAUAAAUAACGAUAUAUUUUUUCUGUUGGCCGUGCUAAAACUUGUCUAGUUUGGCAUAUUUGUACAUCAGUAAUAUUACAUGUAUAAUAAAAAUUGUAUAACA